AUGGGAAGAGGCAAGAGGGGCAAGAAGCCCAACAGUCGCAGAAACCAGCCACCAAGCGCACGAGAUAUUCAAACUCCCGUCACAGACAGAGAGAAUACAACUGAGCAGGAGGGAAACCUCUCCCAUGAAGAAUCAGCGGGGGAAGAAUUUGCUUCCAAUGCUGGAGAUCCCCAAGGGUCAGACCCAGAGACUGGGAGCGAAGAGGAGAAUGAAGGCCCACCAGCCGAGGACAAGCCAAUCCCCUUAAAAAGGUGGGUAAAAGAAGUGAUUCGUGAUGAGGCGAGUGGCGAUCAAGCCGGGUCUAUUGAGAAAUUCUUCAAUUCCGAAGACCUUGACGCCAGUGCCUGCAGGCCAUUUUUCGAGAGGCUUAACCAACAAAUCCGAGCUGCCAACCACAAACAUCAAGUAGCCGACCUUGAUGAAGGGACUAUUCCACCUAGAGCGUACGAUCCAAUUGCAGAUACCUGCAGGAGGGAGAUCUUGGCGCAAAGAGGCAACCCAGAAGCGGCAUGGGAUGCUUUCCAUCGGACUCGCGAUCUACUCAAGCUGCUCAAUCGGCGACAUCAUCUACCCAGGAGCUGGAACUUUCACCCCUCCUGGUGUGAAAGGCUAUGCGGGCCUGAUCCGACAAUUCGCGACCCUUCCGACGAGGAAAGUGAAGCAUCGGAGGACGAAACCCAAAAUGUGGAUGAUUUGAGACGAGAGCAGCAAUCUACCGAUGAUUAUUCAGGGUCGGAUGACCCUGAGAUCUCUAUGGAAAAUCGACCAACAGGCCUGGAUUCAUUAGAAUCCAGGGCAAUGAAAGAGCAACGUCGGCAGAAUGGGGGAAAGGUUCUCUACUGGUGGCCUAAAGGCACUGGCUCGCAAAUAUUUGUCCGCUAUGGUGAUCGCUCUGCCCCGAUUUAUCGAAUUAGAGCUGGAUCUCACGAAAUCUAUGACCAAAAGCGCGUUGAAAAGGUUCUUACGACCAAGACCCGUGGUAGUCAAAAGGUCGAAAUUAUGAAGGAUGGAAUCCUAUGCGAAGAGUGGCGGUUUAGUCGACAGCAUGUCGAAGAUAUUCGCGGCAUUGGUUGGAAGGUCGAAGAUGAUGACGAAGUAGGCAUCGACCCCUUGUCAUUUAUUCAACCGGUGCCUCAUUCCGUGUUUCCACAAACUCGAGCCUUGGUCAAAUGGAAAGAUGGCAACUUCACUUUGGAAGGCAGGCAAUUCGUCAGACGUAUCACGAACGGUUCCUCUCAUCAAGGCGACCAAGUAAUCUACCAAAAAGCAAAGGAUCUCGAAAUUGCCUAUCGUCUCAGGCAUGGCUGGGACGAGUCUGAUAGUGAGAUCGACCUUGACGACGAUAGAUCGCCUCAGCGUUAUACAAAGAUGAAACGUCGAUCUGAAAUUGAAACCGAUACUGAGACUGACAAUGACAUCUCCUCAUUGCGCUAUACCAAUCAGGCACAGAAGCGAGUGCCUGCUUCAGCUCGUCAUCGUGGAAGAGCUCGAGCUCGUUUUGAGGACGACGUGGAUCCACAGAGCGACGAAUCGGGAUCGGAUCGCAUGAAGAGGAACGGUGUUAGGUCAAAAAGAUCUACACAUCCAAGACAAGGUAAUUCAAAAGAUAAAACGAUCCGCAUUCUGGAAGAGAAAUUGCAGCGACUUGAGAUGAAUCAACGUCGGGGGCGCUACCGCAGAUGA